AACCUGCAACAAAUCAACAGGUUCGACAAUUAAAAACUGAUGCAGUUAAAGUUCCCUGAAGUUCAGCCUUCGUGGAACAAGCAGGCCAUGAAGAUAUCUGCCAUUAAAAAAAAAUUUGAAUAACCAAAACAAAUUUCUCAGACGACAAUUACAUCUAAAGCAGCAUUGAAUUUUAUGCGUUUCAAGAUGAUCUACGCAGCGGGUAAAAUAUUACACAAGUCGGCUAGUCAGAUCAGCAGAAAGAAGCUGACUGGCGAAGAGAUCAGGAACCUUCAACAGGAAUUGAUAACUCAAGACCACAUGAUCCCUUUGGAACAGUUAUGCGUGAAACUAAAUACCAAUGUAGCUAGUGGUCUAACCAACGAGGAGGCAGAGAAGCUUCUCCUCGAAGUGGGACCAAACGCCCUGACACCACCGAAAGUAACUCCGGAGUACAUCAAAUUUUUAAAAUGUAUGUUUCACGGGUUCGCCGGUUUGAUGUGGGCCUGUUCAUUAUUGUGCUAUCUUUUGUAUGGAAUUAGCAUGGCGACAGAGGGCGAAAGUGGUGGCAUAGAAUGGCUAGGGAUUAUCAUUAUGAUAAUAUGCUUAUUUUCUGGCUUCUGCGCGUACAUACAAGAAACCAAAAAUACAAAGGUAAUGGAGUCUUUCAAGAAAAUGGUCCCAACGUUCGCUACAGUAAUACGGGAAGGUGUCAAGAUACAGAUAGCAACCGAAGAUUUGGUCCCAGGCGAUUUAGUGCAAAUUAGAACCGGGGACAAGAUACCAGCCGACAUCAGAAUUAUCGAGUGUCGAGGUCUUCGAGUGGAGAAUUCGAGUAUCACGGGUGAAAGCGUGCCGGUAGUUCGCACGGACUAUCCUACCGACGAGAAUCCUUUGGAAUCCUCUAACGUUGCCUUCUUCUCCUCUUUCGCCGUGAGCGGAGAUGGCAUUGGAGUUGUAAUGGCCACUGGCGAUCAAACGAUGAUAGGCCGUCUUGCUGGCCUCACGUCGCAGCUGGAGAAGUCCGAGACCCCGAUAGCCAAAGAGAUCAAACACUUCGUUCAAAUAAUCAUCAUCAUUGCCGUAUUAUUCGGAGUGCUGUUCUUCGGCUUGUCGCUGAUAAUCAAUCCAAACAUACUGAAAGCAUCCACUUACUUGCUCGGCAUCAUCAUAGCGAACGUGCCAGAAGUUUUAUUGGUAACCGUUACCACGAGCUUGACGUUAACCGCCCAGAAAAUGGCGAGCAAGAACUGUUUGAUUAAGAAUUUAGAGGCAGUGGAGACGCUAGGAUCCACGUCAACUAUCUGCUCGGAUAAAACGGGAACGCUCACGCAGAAUAAAAUGAGCGUGUCUAAUUUGUGGUUCGGCUUCACCAGGUUCAAUUGUCCGCCUGAUCAGAGAUUGGGCGUCGAGAAGAACUUGUUAAUGGAAAGGCCAGCUUUUCAAGUGAUGCUUAAGAAUGCCACACUUUGCCUAAGGGCGGAGUUCACGACUGAGUCGAUCCUGCUGAAACCAAUCGAAGAACGAAACGUAAUUGGCGACGCCUCUGAAACAGGUAUUCUCAGAUUCUGCGAGCACAUCCACACAACAGAACCGUUCCGGGAAACGUAUCCAAAAGUUGCUGAGAUUCCAUUCAGCUCCAUAACUAAAUAUCACCUGACGAUACACAGAAACAGAAAUGGAUAUAUCAUGAUCCUGAAAGGUGCUCCGGAGAUGAUCCUUGAGAAGUGCACUCAUAUAUUGACCAUGGAAGGAGAGACAAGAGAAAUGACACUCUUGGAUCACUCGAUGAGCCGGCGAGCCUGCAGCGAGUUAGGUUUCCUGGGCGAACGUGUGAUAGCUUACUGUGAUCUUCAUCUGCCCGGUGAUAUUUAUGACUCAGACUACAAGUUCGACACCGAUUCGCCAAGCACGUACAAUUUCCCUACAACAGGAUACAGAUUCGUUGGACUGAUAAGUCUGAUAGACCCACCGAGGCCAGCUGUGCCUGACGCGGUGAAGAAAUGUCGUACAGCUGGCAUCAAAGUGAUCAUGGUGACGGGUGACCAUCCGGUGACCGCGAUGGCCAUUGCGAAAAAGGUCGGCAUAAUAAGCGAGGGGCACGAGACCAGGUACGAACGUGCGUUACUGCAGAACAAAUCGUACACUCAAAUAACCGAGGCCGACCAACACGCGACCAUCAUCACUGGCUCCGAAUUACGAAACAUGGGAAGCAUGGAGUUAGACAAUAUUAUAAAGAAGUACGAGGAAAUAGUUUUCGCAAGGACAUCCCCGCAGCAGAAGUUGAACAUCGUGGAGAGUUGCCAGAGGCUGGGCGAAAUCGUCGCGGUAACUGGUGACGGUGUGAACGACUCGCCAGCGUUAAGGAAAGCGGAUAUCGGCGUGGCUAUGGGCAUCGCCGGUUCUGACGUGGCGAAACAUGCGGCCGACAUGAUUCUGAUGGACGACAACUUCGCAUCAAUCGUGACCGGCAUCGAGGAAGGUAGACUGAUAUUUGACAAUCUCAAGAAAUCCAUUGUCUACACUCUGACGUCUAGCGUGCCCGAAAUGCUGCCUAUGCUAAGCAGCAUUCUGUUCGUCAUUCCUUUGCCCUUUAUCCUAGAGAUGAUUCUCUGCGUAGAUGUAGGGACAGAUCUACUUCCCGCAAUAGCAUUAGCGUAUGAAAAAGCGGAAUCCGACAUCAUGCAUCGACCACCAAGGAAUCCUCAGUACGAUCAGCUUGUAAACAAACGUUUGAUAUCCAUAGCCUAUGGUCAAAUCGGAAUGACUCAGUCCUUGGCUGCGUUUUACACAUUUUUCAUGAUUCUCAUGUUGAACGGGUUCCUACCUGAUCGAUUAUUAGGAUUAAGAUUAGACUGGGAAGAUAAGACGAUCAAUGACCUGCAAGAUUCUUACGGUCAGACGUGGACCUACGAUAACAGAAUGGAGUUACUGAACGAAGCUCGUACUGGAUAUUUCUUAACUAUCGUUAUAACUCAACUCAUAGAUUUAAUAAUGUGUAAAACGAGAGUCAACUCGAUUUUACAGCAAGGAAUGGACAACUGGUUUUUAAAUUUCUCCUUCGUUUUUGAAAUUAUCUUGACUGGCAUGUUGCUAUACGUGCCAGGGACUGAGAAAAUAUUAAAAACCAUGCCCUUGAGUUCUUACUGGUACUGGCCGUGUUUGCCAUUCGGUGCAUUCCUUUGGAUGUAUGAUGAAUUAAGAAGAUUAUGUAUUCGUAAGUUUCCUGGUGGAAUUAUAGAACAGGAAACUUAUUACUAAAUAUCUGUAUCUAAA